AUGUCAUCAUCUGACAUUUUCGAUGUUUUAAAUAUUCAACACCCCAAAUCGAGUUCGCCCCCUUCCAACUCAGGCACCCCAGGUGUGCCACGUACUUCAAAGCCGCAGGUAACAGGUAUCCAAAGGGAGUUGUAUAAUUUACUGGGCGAUAACACCCCGCCCGUGGUGGCAGAGAAAGCAAACAAGUUUAAAGAUAAAAUCAAUGCAUUAUCAAAGCCAUCUCCUUGGACUUACACGGAAUUCCAAGCAACUCCAUCACUAAAGCUUCGUCACUGGGUAAAGGGAUCUAAAGAGCUGGUGUCAGGGCAGCUCCAGCAGAGUGCCUUUGAUAAGUAUAACAAGAAGCUUACAAUACCCUCUUUCACGAAGGAGGAAUUUGAAUCAUUUAUGAAUAAAGAGGAUACCAUAGGGGAAGAUCCAUUGCAAUGGACCUUUGAAGAGGUCGAGCAUUUGUUUGAUUUAUGUCGAAAGUACGAUCUCCGAUGGUUUAUUAUUCAAGAUCGAUUCAAUAGCAAGCAGGUACGAUCUUUGGAGAACAUUAAAGAAACUUUUUAUAAAGUCUGUCAGCAGUAUUUUUUGGCAAAAGAGCCUGAUAAUCCUCUUAUUUCAUCUCUUAAUUUUCCUACUGAGAAGGAAGUCGAGAGAAAGAAAUAUCUAUCAAGACUUCUAUCUCGCUCGGCUGCAGAGAUUGCAGAAGAGGAAGCGUUGAUAAUUGAAUCGAAAAAGUUUGAAAUGGCGGCUAAAAAAACGCUCAACGAAAGAGAAUCUUUGCUUCGCUUAUUAGAUUCUCCAAAUUCUGAAAAGUCGAUUUCCCAAUAUCUUACAUCCCAGGGCAUGUCUCAGCUCUAUAAUAGCCUAUUGAUGGAUAAGUCUAGGAAGCGCAAACAUGAUUCAGUAAUUCCAGAAAACCCAUGGAUGAAGCAACAGCAGCAGUUUGCUCAGCAGCGGCACCAGAUGCAGCAGCAGCAACAACAACAGCAACGCCAGCAGCAAAUAGACCUUCAACAACCGCAACCAUUGGAAGUGAAAGGAGAAAUUCAAAAUUCAGCUUUGAACAAAAAGACAAAGAAGCAGAAACAAGAGAUGCAAAUUGCUAUAAAGCGAAAGGCUGAUAGCGAAUAUGCGGAACAACUAUUGAAAAGGUUUACACCUGAAGAAAGAAAGGCUUUAGGGGUCAUUGCUCAUGGCGAAAAAUUAUCUCCAGGUGUUUUCCUAAGGUCUGCAAAAAUAUCGACAUUCAAACCAGCAGUUCAGAAUAAGGUCCAAGCAACCCUUCAAGAACUAGAACUCCCUAUUAGACCAGCAAUGCCAACCUUUAUAGUUGUUCAUAGGCAAGAACAGUUGCUCAAAAGGAUAGCAAUACUUCUGGAUCUGAAAAAGCAACUUGACAAAUUAGAGGCAGAAAAAUCCAUCACUAAAUAA